AUGUCUAUGAAACGCUUUUUAUCAAGAUCGUCAAAUAAAAAGACUACAACGACAGGGGCUGGUGAGACGCCACCAACAACAGCCGGUACUUCGUCGUCAUUCACAUCUGAGUUGGUCCCUACAAUCAGUAAUCAUUCAGGCGAGUCCCAUGAUUCCAUAAAAGAUCUAAGACCCAUGUUCAACCAAAUGAGAGAAGGACAAUCUAGUAGUGCAAACCAGUAUGAUAUGAUGCAUUUGAAUUUAAAUCCAACUAUUCUGAACACUACCAAAGUUGCUAGUUCAACAAAGGGUUCAACAAUCCAAGAGUCGGUGUUUUCUAGUAGACAAUCGUAUUCUACUAAACAGUCUUCUUACCAAAGUGACGUUUCUGCUAAAAGAAAGUUGGACUUUGCUCCUUCACAACCGUUGCAGAUUUUAAACAUUUUAGAAGAAAACGAGCACCAGAAUUUAGAAGACUUGAUCUGUGAUAACUUAAAACAGUUGUCUCAAGAUUUAAGCUAUGUAGUGAACCAGUUUAAUAACUCCACAAUUAAUUUAUCGACAGCUGUCAUCAACACCAUCGACUGUUUGAAGAAAUUUAUUGCCUUCAUUGAGAAAGCCAAAUACCACGAAUUUUCCAAUACUGAAUUUUGUUUCACGGCUUACAAUUCUUCAUCAGUGAGAAAGAUAUUAAAGAUCUAUCUUCAUAUGUAUGAUAAUCUUUUACGAGAUGAUGUCUAUAUAAAGUUAAAGUUGUUAUUAGUGAAGAAUUUUAAUGAAUUUGCGCUGGUGUUGAACCAUACAGGCCUUGAUUCCCAGUUCAAUGCCAACCCGGGCGAGAUGAUUAAACCCAAGAAUUAUGCUAUUGGAACAAACCGUCUGAGCCUGUUACCGAACGAAGAAGUGUUGAUUAAAAUAAUGGAUCGAAUCUCCCAAAGCAGUCUUUCUACGAAGGAACAGAAUGGAGCCUUUAUUGCACCAAUAACCAGAGGCAUAUCCAAAGAUUUGAAUAUUUUAUGUUUGUAUUUUGGGUAUCCUGACCCAAAGGAAUAUCAUUACAACCUCGUGCAAGGUUUACAAGGGUUGUACGAAGAGAUUCAUAUUAUUUUAAUGAAGGAUCAAAUAGAAUUAGCCAGUUCCAAGGAAGAAGCUAUAACUAUUCCACCUGCACAAAAAUUCAAAUUGCCAUUCAGAGUACCCACAGAAGGAGAGCAAAUACCAAUGUCAAUGUCAUUAUCAAUCGAAAAGGCUACUCGUACCUCUGGAACUGUCGGUGGGUAUAUUCAUCCAAUCAUUGAUCUUGAAAAACAACCACAUUUAAAAUCAUAUGCUAAUUCGAAAUUUGCCGUUAGUUGUGGUCAUGUAUGCUUGGAUUCUGAAGAUCCUGAAAACUACCCGAAUGUGUCAUCGCCAUCGUCUGUGUUGAUUUCAUUAUACAAAGAUGCUUUGACUCAGCAGUACCACAAGAGUCUUCACAAUAACGCUAAGGAUUCCAAGGCAGCAUUUGGUGCCAUGCUUCAGCAAUUAGAGUCCAUGUUCCCAUUGAAGAAGAUUUCGCAAGAUGAGGUUCGUAACUUACCCAAAGUCAGAUUUGGACAGAUUAUUUGGGGCGAACGUACUUUAUUAACGAUUGGAGAAAAUGAUGAGAUCAACCAAGUUAGUGGAGUUGUUGAAAAGAAAUUAUCAGAUCUUGCCAUUAUCAAACUAAAUAAAAACUUGAAAUGUGAGUGCAAUUAUCUUGGUGACGAUGUGCCAUUCAAUGAAUAUGAUCCUGCAUUGAUGUUUGAUAAUUUGUAUGUUAAAAAAGUUUUGGACUUGAAAAGGUAUGCACCUAAAGUGGUUCAUACAGAUAUUCAUGAUGUAGAUUCGGAUAUCUCCAAUUAUGAUUCGACUAUAAAUAACAAUUAUUACGGACUAGAAGCAUUUAAGAUGGGUGCCACUACAAAGUAUACUAGAGGUUGUCUCAAUGGGAUUAAGAUUGUUUACUGGAUGGAUGGUCAAAUAAACUCACUGGAGUUUGUAGUUUCACUGGAUACGACAUUUGCAUCAGGAGGUGAUUCGGGUUCUUGGUUAUUAACCAAAUUGGAGGACGGAAGUGGAUUAGGUGUUCUUGGCAUGUUGCAUAGUUAUGAUGGUCAAGUUAAACAGUUUGGUUUAUUCACACCAAUGAGUGAGAUAUUAGAUCGAUUAGAAACAGUUACAGGGAUAAAAUGGUCAGUUUUGUAG